AUGGCAGAAGAAACUUUCAACAUGGACGGCAUCCAUUCCAUGGGAAUCGUCAACGCAAUGAGGACUGGAGAUAUGUUCAUGGAUAUGAUCAUUGCCAUGUGCAUUCCAGUCGUCAUAAGGACUUUAUUUUCCUUUUUCAGUGCCGCCAAGGCAAAAGAGCUGUCUGAGAAAUUCUGGGCGUGGUAUAACAAGGAAGAAGAUUACGAAUCAGACUACCAUGAACGUAUCAUCUCUCACACGGUCGAAAAGGACCGAUAUGAUGAAUUCGAACCUGUGGACGUCGACUCUCACAAUGAAGUUUUGAUCAAAGCCAUCACCAUGUACUUGCAUCACCUUCAGUCUGUGGAUCUGAAAGAAGCCAACAUUACUUUGACAGGAGGAGGUAGCUCGAAACAGAGUUACUAUGAUGUUGGUGAAUUCGAAGACGGGGACUACAGUUACGCCCGAACUUUGUCGCGAUAUGCAAUUGUGAAGAAACCAUUCAAAGGGCAUUGGCAUGUUGUGGGACGGAAAUACCCCAGCGAGGAUCCAAAUAUCAAAUUGGAAAAGCUUGCAGAGGACGAACCUUUCGAGAAGCUCACAUUCUUGCGAAAAGAUGACGGCACUAAGGUCCCAAUUCCAGAAGAUGGACUGUAUGAAGUCGAGUUCAUGUUUGGUGAAAAUGAAGAACAGAGUGAGGAAGACGACGAAGGGAACGAUGAUGAGGAUAAUAAUCGAAAGAAGAAGAAGAUUCUCCGACAACGCCGCGAAAAGUCGUAUUCCAUCCGAUCCUUGGGCGAGAAUGCAAUGGAUGCCUUUAUCGAGGAAGCCUACGUGUGGUACAUCAAGCAGAUCAAGGAUUCCGAAAAGGACAGUACGCGUUACAUGUUUGACAUGAAGAAAACCUCUUCCUCCCCGGGGGAUGAAGAGAAGAAACAUACUUUCAAGAAGUAUGAAUUAAGUGACGAAAAAACGUUUGACUCCCUCUUCUUCCAAGAAAAGCAGACAAUUGUGAAACUCUUUAGACAUUUCUUGGAUAAAACUGGCAAAUAUGCGAUCAAAGGUUAUCCGCAAAAGCUAGGAAUUUUGCUUCAUGGGCCUCCGGGAACUGGAAAAACCUCGCUCAUCAAGGCGGUUGCGGAAUAUACGGGGAGGCACAUUAUCAAUAUUCCUUUGGCUCGUAUCAAGACAAAUGAAGAGUUGACUCAGCUCUUCUUUGGUGGCGAAUACGACGUAGAAGGCCAAUACUAUCCGCAAGAGCUUCGCUUCAAAGAUGUCAUCUUUGUCAUGGAAGAUAUCGAUGCAGCUUCGAAGGUUGUGCAACGUCGCGAUGGUAAGAAAACAGCGGAAGUCACCCAAACGCAACAUGUGGAACUUCCAUCUCCAAAAUGUAUGUGGCAAAUGCUGGUGGAGUCGAACAAUGACGAAUGCAAGAGUUUGGUAGAAAAGCUGAUGGAGAAGUCUCCGCGUCUAAAAAAAGAAGCACUGUCAUCCGGGACCAUGCAGUCGCUUGCCAAGCGUAUGACAGCAGUACCUGGAAUGACCCUCGUUGGCCACCAAGAAGCUUGUGCCGAUCCCAUGGACGCUGCCAUGGGAACAGUCGAGUCCAAUACAAUCAAGAAGAUUUCGGAAGGAGCCAUUGAAGUAGGAAAGGGAAUGAUGAAAGACUGCGAGUCGCUUGAUGAAUAUCUUUGCUUCCAUGCCAAAGCGAUGAUGAAGAUGCUUGACAUGGGAGCUGCUGUUGAUAAGGACUUUGAAAACGAAUUGCUUGGACUAUCUCCAGAGCUCUCGGACCAAAGGACAACUGUCACAACUCGGCCCAACAUGAUAUCUAGAGAUGUUACAGUCAGCAAAACAGGAGACAAUGUCGAAAUGGACGUGAAGAACCCGAUGUCGAUGAUGGACUAUGAAGGGCCAGGCCUUGGCGGCAUGGGCGGCAUGGGUGGAAUGGGUGGAGGCAUGAUGGGUGGAUUCGGAGGAAUGGGAGGAGGAGGUCUUGCGUUUGGAGGCAAGGAUGAUGAUAGCCUCGGUGGUGUUGGUGGAGGAGGCUUUGGUGGUGGAAAGAAAGGCAAGUUCGGUGGCCUUGGUGGAUUAGGCGGCUUGGGAGGUUUCGGCGGUGGAUUUUCCAUGGUGAAAGAUCCUCUUAAUCUUUCUGGAUUGCUCAAUGUCCUUGAUGGUGUUGUGGAUACGCCAGGCCGAAUUCUAAUCAUGACAUCCAAUCAUCCAGAAAAGCUGGAUCCUGCCCUUAUUCGACCUGGGCGAAUUGACAAGAAGCUCAUGCUUGGCUACAUGAAAGGCGACGACGUCUGUGAUAUGCUAGAGCAUUAUUUCCAACUAAAGUUGAAUGAGAUCCAAAAGACCCGAGUUCGCAAAGCCAUCAAAGGCGAUAACAUGACCAAUCGCCCAACUCUCAAUAUGACCCCAGCCCAAGUUGAACAGCUCACAGCCGAGCAUGAUUCGAUUGAUGACAUGAUCGGAGCCUUGGAAAAGAAGGGUGCGCCACUCCAGACACCAUUCUCGUCCAUUGAUUUCAAGGACAUGGCCAAGAAAAUGGAUGCAAAGUCUUCCUCCUUCAUGACAACCAAGGAUUUCACAGAAAUGUUGAAACCAGCUUCCGAAGAGAGCGGUGGCUCACCCGUACAGCGAUCCAGCAUUCAAUUUGGAUAA